AUUGUUGUUAUAUUUGGUGGACUCCGGGAUAGUUGCUUACAAAGGCAGAUCACGCUAAGAAGUCAAAAUGCCGCCUAGAGAUUACGCAGCAGAUAAAGAAAAGAUCAAAACAUUCCUGCGGGAGUUCUAUGUAGACGGCGAUGAUGGUGGAAAAGACUUUGUUUAUGGACAACAAUUGGUCAAAAUAGCCCACAGAGAACAGGUAGCCUUGACCAUUGAUCUAGACAACAUUAAUGAUUUUGACCCAGAACUCAAAGACGCUAUUGAAGAAAACACUCGCAGAUACACUGCACUUUUUGCUGAUGCCAUUCAAGAGAUUCUACCAGAUUACAAAGAAAGAGAGGUGGUCCACAAAGAUGCCCUUGAUGUUUACAUCGAGCACAGGUUGCUGAUGGAGCAGAGGAACCAUCCUGAUGGUCAAGAAAUAACCAGAGACCCCAGGAAUAAAUACCCAGCAGAGCUUAUGAGGAGAUUUGAGGUGUACUUCAAGGCCCCAAGCCAUGAAAAGCAUCAGCUGAUUCGAGAGGUGAAAGCAAACUGCAUUGGAAAGCUGGUUCAGGUCAAGGGCAUUGUGACAAGGACAACAGAGGUGAAACCAAUGAUGGUUGUGGCAACUUACACCUGUGAUACAUGUGGAAAUGAAACUUAUCAACCUAUAAACUCUCCAUCUUUUAUGCCUUUGAUUAUGUGCCCUAGUCAAGAAUGUACCACCAACAGAUCUGGUGGAAGAUUGUAUUUACAGAGUCGUGGCUCAAAGUUUGUCAAGUUCCAGGAAAUCAAAAUACAAGAGCAUAGUGAUCAAGUUCCAGUGGGAAAUAUUCCCAGAAGUAUGACGGUGAUAUGCCGUGGGGAAACGACGAGAUGUGCCUUGCCAGGGGACCAUAUCAGCAUAACAGGUGUAUUUCUACCUUUGAUGAAACAAGGUUAUGGACAACUUCAACAGGGACUUUUGUCAGAAACAUACAUGGAAGCACAUAGAGUUGUAAAGAUGAAUAAAACAGAGGAUGACGAAUUAGGAGCUGAGGAGUUGACAGAAGAUGAAAUCAAACAGGUGGCAGAGGAUGAUUUCUAUGAUAAACUGGCUAGCAGCAUUGCACCUGAGAUCUAUGGACAUGAGGAUGUUAAAAAGGCCCUCCUAUUACUUCUGGUAGGGGGAGUGGACAAAUCUCCUCGAGGCAUGAAAAUCAGAGGUAACAUCAACAUCUGUUUGAUGGGAGACCCUGGUGUGGCCAAGUCUCAGUUGCUAUCAUACAUUGACAGAUUGGCUCCUAGAAGUCAGUACACCACUGGACGGGGAUCCUCAGGGGUUGGUCUGACAGCAGCCGUGAUGAAGGACCCAAUCACAGGAGAGAUGACUCUAGAGGGCGGAGCGUUGGUCCUGGCUGAUCAGGGCGUGUGUUGUAUUGAUGAGUUUGACAAGAUGAUGGAGGCAGAUAGGACUGCAAUCCACGAGGUCAUGGAGCAGCAAACCAUCUCCAUUGCUAAGGCUGGAAUCAUGACAAGUUUAAAUGCUCGAGUCUCCAUUCUGGCUGCAGCUAACCCAGCAUAUGGUCGAUACAACCCCAAAAAGUCUAUUGAGCAGAAUAUCCAGCUGCCCGCUGCACUACUGUCUAGGUUUGAUUUGCUGUGGCUGAUACAAGACAAGGCAGACAGAGAAAAUGAUUUGAGACUGGCUCAGCACAUCACAUAUGUCCACCAACAUAAUGUUCAGCCACCAUCGCAGUUCACUCCCUUGGAUAUGAAACUGAUGAGACGGUAUAUUGCCCUGUGUAAGAAGAAACAGCCAGUGAUUCCAGAGAAUUUGUCAGAUUACAUCACUGGUGCUUAUGUAGAAAUGAGGAAGGAGGCUAGAAACAGUAAGGACACCACAUUUACUUCCGCUCGCACUCUGCUUGCCAUCCUCCGUCUUUCCACGGCUCUUGCCAGGCUGCGAUUGGCUGAUAUGGUGGAAAAGGAAGAUGUUAAUGAGGCAAUGAGACUGAUGGAAAUGUCCAAGGAUUCACUGAAUCCAGCUCAUGAAAUGCACAACAGAGCCCACAAUGUGACUGAUCAGAUAUUCAGCAUCGUCCGAGAAAUGGCUCCUUCUAAGGGUCUGAGGUCAGUGAAGAUUUCAGAGGUCAUGGAACAGUGUGUUUCCAAGGGGUUCAAGCCAGAUCAGGUGGAUGCUUGUAUAGAGGAAUAUGAAGAACUGAAUGUCUGGCAAACAAACCAGGCACACACUAAGAUCACUUUUAUCUGAGCCAGGAUUGGCCAUAUUACAGUCACCUGGAGGUGCAGCUAUGCCAAACACUGUUUAUGUGAGGAACAAAUUUCCCUCUGGAGUAGAUCAAGACAUUUAACUUUAUUUGACAAAUACUGAAAAUGACAGAAAAAUGAUUUAUUGAACAGUUUGAAUGAUUUUAUGUUUUGUAAGUAAUUUUAUACACAUAUUUUUGUUCAGGUGCCACCAAUUAUGUGUUCGAAAGCAAGCUUGGAAUUCACUGUGUUCAUGAUAAGGUAUAUACUGUAUUGUUCAAAGCUGACAUUUUUAUGAUGUAUAUAGUAUUUAUAGAAAUGGAAUUUAAUGAAAUA